CUUUGAAAAAAUCACGGUUCAAGGGAGUCAAAUUCGUCAAAGGACUAACAUCCCUGGGGAUGGGUUCCACGAGAGUCCGAGUCUCCGAGAUGGGAACGGUGGUCAGCGUGGUCCUAGCGGCAACCAUCAUCCUUGGCCUCCAUAUCACCACUCUCGCCAUCACUGACCUCAACGUGCGUAUCGUUCUUACAUCACCUUGAUUCAGAAUUCGUUACAGUGACUCUUAACCCCCAAACAAAAAUAUUGGUUAGAGUGAUCAUUUAAACUGAUUCAUAUUUUUUUUCUUAAUACAAUAUUUAAACUACCUUAAUCCCGGCGCUGAAAAUAGAUUCCUUCACUGUAAUUGAAUUAAAACAAUGUUAAGGUUAAAAACGUCUUUCGAAUUUGAAAUAAUUUAUAUUUUAUUUUAACCCUUUCCUUACUGCUAUUAUAUGUAUACCUGUUUUACCGGUAUAAGGUGAAAAGGAAGUGACAUCGUUAGGUCUUGUAUUUGCAUUGCAGUUACAACGGCAAGAAACAACAGUUACACAAGUUAGAAAAGAACGAUGAUUAUUUGUUGAAUUUAAAUUAAUAGAAUAAAAAAUAAUUGGCAGAUUUAAUUAUGUCAGAGUCUUGUCUGUAUUGAGCAGACAAUGGUGAGAUGAAGCGAACUUUUCCAAUCUGUUUCCAGCAACACCCCAUGUUCUAGUUUCUUACUCAGAUAACCUUAUCACUCUUUUAUUUUUUCUUUAAUUGAUUUUCUCCUAACAUUUUCUGUCUUAGUCCUCCUGCUCACCCGAUUUGGUAUCUUUCUACCAAUCAUAAUCCCAUUGCAUUGCAGCCCAUUAAGUUUUUCUUUUCUUUUCUUUUCUUUUAAUUUUCAGCUCAACUUGGUUCAGAUCUGGAAGGUUACUUACUUACUUUCAUUUUGAGUUGGGCAAGAAAAGUUUCUUUUCAAGGAAAAAUUUUCUGGCAGGUUUUUAUGCUUUGUUUGAGGGGUUCUCAAGGGGAAAACUCAAAUACCCAGACUGGAUCCAUUGAGGUAAAUUGAUGUUUCUUGCUCCAAAAGGGGAAUGCAUGUUGUUCAAGUUGCUUGCUGAGAUAUAAAUCCCAGCUAUUUUGUGUUACAUUUUGUAGAUGAAUGAAUUCCUUCCUGUCCUGUUAAAGGCUUGAUGAAAAAAAGGGAAAAAAAGCUUAGUCACUUGUUUCUUUUAUUAGCAUUGGUUUGUUCAUGCUGUUUUCUUGAGAAAAUUAUAAAUUGAGAGAGAGAGAGAGAAAGGGGUUUAGUUUCUUGAGGAAGGGAGUGUGAUAAUGGGGAAGGUCCAAGGCAGGGAGUUGUUGCCUUUGCUCCUUGUUGUAUUAUGUGCAGUUUUUAGAAGCGGUGAAGCUCAGACAAAGUCUUUUCUGAUAAAUUGUGGUACAAAUUCCAGUGUGAAUGUGGAGGGUAGAAAAUGGGUUGGUGACUUGGCUCCUGAUAACAAUCUCACCCUUAGUUCUCCUGGUGUUGUUUCCACUACUCCUGCACUAAGUGGUGAUACAAUCUUUUCUCCACUCUACAGAUCUGCUCGGCUUUUCGGUGAUGAAUUGAACUACACGUUUUAUGGCAUCCAAGGGAACUAUUUCUUGAGGCUUCAUUUCUGUCCCUUCUCCUUCGAGGACCAUAAUGUAAAUGAAUCUUCUUUCGAUGUUGCGGCAAAUGGUCUGAAACUCUUAGCACAGGUUAAUGUUGUCGGUGAGAUUGCACACAAGAAUUUGUACCUCCAGAGUUCUGGGAGCAAUUUCAGCUCGUUCUCUUUGGUUAAAGAGUAUAUUUUACCCAUCAAUUCGAAUUCACUUGUGAUUGAGUUCACCCCGACAAAAGGAUCAUUUGGUUUCAUUAAUGCCAUAGAGAUGAUCCCUAUGACUGAUAAACUUUUCGCUGAUUCUGUCAGUAAAGUGGGUGGAAAUGAUGUGAACCUGAAUCUAAGUGGAAGGGGAAUUGAAACUAUGUAUAGGUUGAAUGUUGGGGGUCCGGAGAUUAACCCCAAUGAGGAUUCCGAUUAUUGGAGAGCAUGGGAUGUGGAUUCUGGAUAUAUGAUCACAGCAAAUGCAGGUUCUGAAAUAAAUAACAGUUCUAAUAUUACCUAUGCUUCUACAAAUGACUCUUCAGUGGCUCCUCUUCUUGUGUAUGAAACAGCAAGAAGCAUGUCUAACACCCAAGUCUUGGAGAAAAGGUUCAAUAUGUCAUGGAGGUUUGAAGUGGAUCCCGAUUUUGAUUACUUAGUCCGCCUACACUUCUGUGAGCUGGUAUUUGAUAAGCCAAGCCUUAGGAUUUUCAGAAUCUACAUAAACAACCGGACUGCUGCGAACAAUUAUGACCUUUUUGUGAAGGCAGGUGGAAUGAAUAAAGCUUAUCAUCAGGAUUACUUUGAUGCGGUCUCUUCAAAAAUCGACACCCUCUGGAUUCAGCUCGGUCCUGACACAGCAGCUGGUGCUUCAGGCACCGAUGCUCUCUUGAAUGGGCUGGAGAUUUUCAAGCUUAGCCGAAAUGGAAACCUUGCCCAUGUGCAGAGAUACAAUUCAACAAAAAGUUCAAGUCAUGCUUCAAGGUUCUGGGUUCUCUGGGUGGGAAUUGCUGCAGGUGUAGCUACUGUUGCCAUUCUUGCAGUUGCUGUUACGCGUGUAUGCUGUUUCUGCAAAAAACGAGGAAAAGAAUCAGGUGACACGAAAAACAACAGUAAUGCUGGGUGGCGACCAUUAUUCCUCAACGGUUCUAUUUUAAAUAGCUCUGCCAAUGCCAAGCGAUCGUCUAGACUUCAAAAUCUAAAUGGAUCUAUGGCCUCCACUGGAGUUGGUAGGCAAUUUACGCUUGCUGAGAUUCGGGCAGCAACAAAUAAUUUUGAUGAAAGUUUAGUGAUUGGUGUAGGGGGCUUUGGCAAAGUAUUUAAAGGGGAGAUUGGAGAUGGCACUCUUGCAGCCAUAAAGCGAGCAAAUCCACAAUCUGAGCAAGGGCUUGCUGAAUUUCAUACUGAGAUUGAGAUGCUUUCAAAGCUUAGACAUAGGCAUUUGGUCUCCAUGAUUGGAUUCUGUGAUGAACAAAAUGAGAUGAUCUUGGUCUAUGAAUACAUGGCAAAUGGAACUCUUAGGAGUCAUCUGUUUGGAAAUGAUGUCCCGCCAUUGACUUGGAAGCAGCGAUUAGAAGCAUGCAUUGGUGCUGCCCGGGGACUGCACUACCUUCAUACAGGAGCAGAGCGGGGAAUUAUUCACAGGGAUGUUAAAACAACCAACAUUUUGUUGGAUGAAAAUUUUGUGGCUAAAAUGUCAGAUUUUGGCCUGUCAAGAGCUGGUCCUUCUUUGGAGCAUACUCAUGUUAGUACUGCAGUGAAGGGGAGCUUCGGAUAUCUAGACCCUGAGUAUUUUCGCAGGCAACAGUUGACCGAGAAAUCUGACGUCUACUCUUUUGGUGUGGUGUUGUUCGAAGUUGUUUGUGCUCGUGCUGUUAUAAAUCCCAGCUUGCCAAAAGAGCAGAUAAAUCUUGCAGAGUGGGCAAUGAAAUGGCAGAGACAAAAGUCGCUUGAAACCAUUAUUGACCCUCAUCUGAGGGGAAACUAUUCUGCAGAAUCAAUGGAGAAAUUUGGAGAGAUAGCAGAGAAAUGCCUUGCAGACGAGGGGAAGAACCGGCCUACAAUGGGGGAUGUUCUAUGGCACUUGGAGUAUGUGUUGCAACUUCAUAAAGCAUGGAUUUUGUCCAACACCACGGAUAAUUCCUUCUCAAGCAGUCAGGCCUUGAGGGAUUUGGAAGUUAAAGAAGCUGAAAAUAGGCCGUUUGAUGGUAACUCUGGUUUAGGGGCAUCGAACUCUCAUGGUGAGCUUGUCUAAUAACGGACAGUUGAAGAGCUGGUAAUUGUAUUCCUUUACAAUAUAAAACUACUAGUAGCUGAAAAUUCUUUUUAUUUUUGUUGUAUUAAGCUUGAAGAGUUUCCUGGUGUAAGCUCCUUCCCAGGUAUGCAGUAAAAUGAUAUAAAUCACGUUAAUGUUCAAUGAUUUAA